CCGCGGGAGCGGCGCUACGGUGGCCGGCGGGGCUGGGGCUGCAGCCGGUGCUGGGGCCGCUCCGCGUUCCGCCAUGGGAGGCCGCAUCGAGUGCGUGUUCUUCAGCGAGUUCCACCCCACGCUGGGGCCCAAAAUCACCUACCAGGUCCCCGAGGACUUCAUCUCCCGGGAGCUGUUUGACACCAUCCAGGUGUACGUCAUCACGAAGCCUGAGCUGCAGAACAAGCUGAUCACCGUGACGGCCAUGGAGAAGAAGCUGAUCGGCUGCCCCGUGUGCAUCGAGCACAAGAAAUACAGCCGGAAUGCUCUGCUCUUCAACCUGGGCUUUGUGUGUGAUGCCAGAGCCAAGGCCUGUGCGCUGGAGCCCAUCGUGAAGAAGCUGGCUGGUUACCUCACCACCCUCGAGCUGGAAAGUGGAUUCAUCUCCAAUGAGGAGAGUAAACAGAAGCUGGUUCCCAUCAUGACUAUCCUGCUGGAGGAGCUGAAUGCCAAAGGGAAGUGCACCCUGCCCAUAGAUGAGUCGAACACCAUCCACCUGAAGGUGAUUGAGCAGCGCCCAGACCCUCCCAUUGUGCAGGAGUACGAUGUCCCUGUCUUCACCCAAGACAAGGAUGACUUCUUCAACUCCCAGUGGGAUCUCACCACGCAGCAGAUCCUGCCCUACAUUGAUGGAUUUCGGCACGUCCAGAAGAUUUCGGCAGAAGCCGAUGUGGAGCUGAACUUGGUGCGCAUCGCUGUGCAGAACCUGCUGUACUAUGGGGUUGUCACACUUGUCUCCAUACUUCAGUACUCCAAUGUCUACUGCACCACUCCGAAGGUCCAGGACCUGGUGGAUGACAAGUGCCUCCAGGAAGAGUGUCUGUCCUACAUCACCAAACAAGGGCACAAGCGAGCCAGCCUCAGGGAUGUGUUCCAGCUGUAUUGCGGACUGAGCCCUGGCACCACCGUGCGAGACCUCAUCUGCCGCUACACCCUGCAGCUCCAGAGGGUGGACGAGAGGAGGCUUAUCCAGUUUGGUUUGAUGAAGGGCCUUAUCCGGCGGCUCCAGAAAUACCCCGUCAAGGUGGCCCGGGACGAGCGGAGCCACCCAGCCCGGCUGUACACGGGCUGCCACAGCUACGAUGAGAUCUGCUGCAAGACUGGCAUGAGUUACAAGGAGCUGGAUGAGCGCCUGGAGAAUGACCCCAACAUCAUCGUGUGCUGGAAGUGACGCAGCGAUAGCCCUUUCUAGAGCUGUGUCCCCCCACGCGUCACCUGUGUGUCCCGUUGUCCCCUCCACGUAUUCCCGGAGCGCCCCGCUGGCAGCGGCCGCUCCUCCGCGCCGCCAGGGGGCACCACAGGCCGCCCCUCACCGCUGC